AUGGUCAAAGAUCGCUCAUGUUGCGAACCCUCAGGUCCAGUGUGCGCCGGAGUGGUGGGCAGGAAAAUGCCACGUUACUGUCUGUAUGGCGACACCGUCAACACGGCCUCCAGAAUGGAGUCCACCGGAGCACCGCUUCGAAUCCACUGCAGCGCCUCGUGUCGAGCUGUGCUGAUGCGCCUCGGCGGCUACCAGCUGGAGGAGCGGGGGAAGACCCACCUGAAAGGAAAGGGUGACGUCACCACCUUCUGGCUGGUGGGCGAGGAUGAGCGGCGGCAGGCCCGCCGACUGCAGAACAGUACAAAGCUGCGCGCGCAGAAGCAAAUCCGGGUGCUGCGCUCCCGCGGCGGCAUGGAGCGGACACACAGCCUCGAGUCGACUCGGCGGCUGCGGUUCGAGCUGGACCAGCACAGCGAGCGGCGUCACGUGGCGCGCGCCACGCUCGACACCAGGUGCGCGUGCGACGCAGCCAAGCGGCGCUCCUGUCCGUGCAUCCACGAGCUGGACGACGACCACGAGUCGACGUCACCAGGGGGCGGCGGCGGGUCGAGUGGCGACCUUGAGACGACCUUGGGCGGGAACACUGAUUGGCUGACGGUGGUAGUGGCGGAUGACGCGUCGCGCUCUGAUUCGGCGCUGUAUAGCGUGGUGCGCGCGCGACCCGAGGUCGAGAACGUGGCAUCGGACUUCACGGAGAGCGAGCCGCUGCUGGCGACGGCGGCCGACAAGCACGAGACGCAGAUAUAGUGACGCCCGUGGGUUCGAUCCUCGUGCGGGGCGUAAGUGUUUCGGGAGCAAUUUCCGAAGUAAGCACACUCGUUGGAGUCCACAUGCCGGUCAGGUCGGCAACAAUCAGCUUAUCAGACAGGGAAUAAGAAUGAACUGGUACCGAGCUAACUUUUGGCUGUUUUACCCCACAUAUCGACUGGCUUGGAGCGGUCUCUCAAUUGUAUGUGGCUUUCAUGCGGUGAAGUCGCAUACUUUGCAUAUAUGUCGACUCGCCAAGGCCACUGUGGAACACACGCUAUGCGUUCAGCUAUCUGACAUUUCUCACAUUAGCAUGGAAACGUUCAUGCAUGGAAUCAUUGGACACGUAUAUUUGUUUGUAUCGCUUUAGCCAUAAGUGUAGUGGAGCUGUCUGUAUAAAUACCGCACGUCAUGCAUCAUCCAAUCUCUCAUCUGUAACACAACAUGCCACGUACGUACUGAAUGUAUAGACGUUGUCCAUGCACAUACAAUCAUGUUACCGGCGGACAGUGAGUCGUAACCGCGUCGUCACGUGAAAACUGCUUGCGGGAACGCACCGUGUGCUUCCGCCGACCGUCGCGUGAUGGCGCCACGUGACAACCCGCCGCGCGUUGGGCGCCACCCGCGGUGUCCGCCCUGCGGACGCGGCUCGCGCUGGGGCCGUCUCGCCGGCGCGUGGCGUCCAAACGCCGGCGAAGACAGGUGUUGACUGUGACGUUGCCGGGGU